AGUCAACUUCAAGUGUGUUUCAAAAUGCUGCUGUCAAACCAACUCGUACUCAAAAUAUUAAAACGGCAGUUUUCACCAACCGAUUUCAGUCAGUCAAUCGGUCAUCGAACGUGAACUUAUCAUCAGCAGAAAAAAAAAGAACAAAAUCAUGACGGAAUUAGAUUCAAAAAGUGAAAUAAGCCUGGAAGGUGAUACGAUCCUUUCGAAAAUAGGAAAAUUGACAACGGUCAACAGUCCACGGGUGCCAUCGAUAAAAGACUUUUCCAUUAUCAAGAUCAUAAGUCGUGGUGCAUUCGGUCAAGUAUUUCUCGGCUAUAAAAAUACAGAUGAAAGCAAACUGUUUGCAGUAAAGGUUAUGCGAAAAUCCGAAAUGGUAAACAAAAAUAUGAUUUCUCAAGUGAUUACGGAGCGAAAUGUCUUGGCAUUGUCAACCAGUGAAUAUUGUGUUCAUUUGUAUUAUUCAUUGCAAACGCCAUUCUACGUGUUUUUGGUUAUGGAGUACAUGAUUGGCGGUGAUUUAAAGUCGCUGAUUGCUGCAUACGGAUAUUUUUGCGAAUCAGCCGCUCAAUUUUAUUGCGCCGAAAUUACCAUGGCUCUGGAAUAUUUGCAUAAACACGGAAUCAUUCAUCGAGAUAUAAAACCGGACAAUAUGCUGCUAUCGGCAUCGGGACAUGUGAAAUUAACUGAUUUCGGUUUGAGCAAGAUUGAGAUCAGCAGAGAUUUGGAAUUGUCCGAUUUCACAGCGUCUUCACCGUGUCUGACCACACGUACUCCCGGUCAACUGCUCUCGCUAACAUCACAUUUGACAUUCGGAUCAGGAGAACCAAAGUCUCGCAAUAGAAGUAGGCUGAUGAAUGCCAUCAAUCGACAGAAAUCACCUGAUGAAUUGGAUACGAGCAUUCACAAGAACAACGUUUCAGGAGUCUUACCAUUUUUUUCAUCCGAAGACAUAAGUGUCUCGAUACAACCGUCCAACGAAAGUAAAGAUUCAGCAUCGUCUUAUUACACGUGCAAUUCGAGCAUCGGUAGUCGAACAGUGAGCAGAUGCGAUUGCAGCCAAUUAAGUGCAAACGUAAGCUUCAGAAACAUGAUGAAAGAGAGAAAGUGCGAUACUUGCAAGAACAAAGAGAAUAAUGACUCUCUCAGAUAUCCAAUAGCGAAAAUGCGCUUCGGCAGACAUUUGAAAGAGAAUGAAGACUCUGGCAUUUCGUCCAUUCGAUCGCACUGUGAAUUGUCGGCCAUCGAAAAAUGCGAAAACCAAUCACACAAUCCGGUCAAAGAAGACUCGAACACAAGCUCCAAUUUGUCGAAAAGCUCUAACAACUCAAAUCAUGAUACUAACAACUCGAAAGCAACUGAAUCGCCUUUGAAUAAUUCCACACAUAAAUCGUUCUUCAAACGGCCGUGCAUUGUUUCCGGUGCCAAGCGGUCACAUCAUAUGCUCAACGUACCAGAUGAUGCAUGUUCGCAGAGCACAGGCCUAACUCAAGAGAUUGAUAUCAUGGAUAUUGGCAGCAGCACACCGAAGCGGAAAAAAUCGAAAUCGCCACUGAAAGGCGUUCUAAAAAUCAGAUCGUUGUCAGAUGAUGAGGGCCCUGCUAAUGAUCAUCCAAAUGGUGCUCAAGUGAUGUUUUCAACGCCAGUGUCGUCGCUAAAAACGCCAAGAAACUCGGUGCUCAAGCUGAAAAGAACAACGUUUCAGUUGCCAACCAGCGAAGAAAAGAUACGAAACAAAAAUAAUAGUUUAAUGUUAGCUGCACGUUACAUAAAUGAACCUGCAAUGUCUCCGAUAAAUUCGGCUCACAUUGUCGAUGGAACGCCCAAAGUAAAGCAAACACCGUUUCGAACACCGAAAUCAAUUCGACGUAAUCAGGCCGCGUCGAGUGAACGCAUCUUGGGUACCCCAGACUAUCUCAGCCCUGAACUUCUUCUUUCCCAAAAGCACGGUGCUGCUGUUGAUUGGUGGUCACUCGGCGUUUGUUUGUUCGAAUUCAUGACGGGUAUUCCUCCAUUCAAUGACGAAACGCCACAACAAGUCUUCGAAAACAUUUUGAACAGAAACAUUCAAUGGGACCUAGCGGAUGAACCGUUGUCGGCUGAAGCAAUCGAUGCCGUCGAACAGCUCUUGACAAUGGAUCCAAAUAAACGGCCCUCAUCGAAAGAAGUGCAACAAAUGAUGUUCUUCAAAUCAAUGGAUUGGAACAAUCUGCCCAACAUGGAACCACCGUUCGUGCCACAGCCCGAAAAUCCAACCGAUACCGGCUACUUUGAACCCCGGAACAUAAUGCAACACCUCAAACUAUCGAACAUUGAUAUCGGCGAAUUUGUACGAGACUAAAUUCCAUUCCACAUUCACACGAUCAUGCGAUUCUCUAUUUAAAUUUAUAUUUCUCAUUCGAUGUAGAUUAUUUGUCAUUAUGUAUGUAACGUGAUAUAUCAUUCGAAAUUUUAUUUCUGGUCAAUAAAAACAUUUAAAUAACGGUAGAAAGAAUAGAAGAAUAA